CACAUCAACAGUUUCAUAAACAACCCAGCGAGAGGACAGACAGAUAAAGCAAAAGCGGGGUGGACACGCAAAACAGACCCCCCCCCAAAAAAAACACAUCCUCCUGGUUGCCCUGGAAACACCAUGAGCAGGAUUGUCGGAGCCCUGCGGCGCACGUUUGGGAUAGUACGUGACCACGUCGGCACAGAUACUCUGGGGAAUAAAUAUUACAUCAUCCCAGAGCAGAAAACAUGGACAGGAAGACUGGUCCGAGCCAAGCGGAUGGUAGAGGCAGCCAAUCCUACAGAAUUUGAAUACACAGAAGGCAACAUACCGAUGGAGUGGGACGCUUGGAUCCGAGGCAGACGGAAAGAGCCCCCCUCGAUCGAGGAGCUGCUGAAGAACGAGACAUACAGGGAGCAGAUUAAAGUGAAAGCAAAGGAGUUGGAGGAGCGAGAUCUGGCUCUGCUUGCUAAAGAGUACGAGGAGGGUCUGGUGGCGACUCCUGCAAAGACUUUAGCCACAGGCCACGCAGCCAGCAGCAACUUCGGCAAGCAGGAGAUCAGCGAGGAACCCACCAGCACUGCGAACGAGUUCCAGCCUGGAUCCUGGAUGCCCAAUCCCAAGAAAUAGACGGAGACAUCCUAAUGCACUGAGACUGCUGUAAAAAUGUAAUACAAUAAAAGAACCUCAGCAAGAAAUGCUUUCAACGUGAAACUGAUAUUCACUCUUAAGUUUGGACUUUAAAAUGUAAUACUUCAAACAUCUUUAUGUUUAAUGCAAUUUUAGUCAAAAAAAACACAAACUGGAUUCUGAGAAACCACCAAAGUUUGAUCUACUCAAAUCUGACUGAGUAGUCAAAUGACCUGACACUAUACCUUUCACAUUUAUUUUAAAAUGGAUACACAAGUUGAGAUAGUUCUGUCCCCUCUGUGUAUAAAAGCACAAAAAUGACCUCUCAUCCUGAGGCCAACUUUAAGUGAAUGCCAUGAUAUACUGUUAUUAGAAAGUUAUUUUUGUGUGUUUUUGUAGGGGCUUUUUAUGCCUUUAUUUUAGAGACAGGACAGUGUAUAGAGUCAGAAACCAGAGAGAGAGAGAGAGAGAGUGGGGAAUGACAUGCCACAUAUCAGACCUUAACCUGGACUCACGCUCUCAAGGACUGAAGCCUCUGUACAUCAGGAGUGUGCACCAACCAUCGCCCCAGGAAAAGGUUUUUUUAAUAAAGCAGAGAAACACUGAAAUGGUUGUUCUUCCAGUAUUGUUUGUACAUCGACUUUGAAUUCAGUUUACUAUCUUAAAGGGAUAUUGCAAAAGAUAAUUCUGAAUGAAUCAUGACCAUUUUCGUGGUGUAAUGAUGAUUUGUCAGUCGGGAAAGAAAUGAAGACAGAAAUACAAAAUGUUUAAAUUGAAGCUGAUCAGAGGAAGAGAAAUCCAGUAUGAGAUUAUAACUACAGGCAAAUGAAACAUGUACCGGUAGUUAUACCAAAUAACGUAACAGCAGGUUAUUUGACAUUGCAAAGAUGAAAAGCGUGACUUCUUUGGAUAGCCCGUCGCACAAAAAAAAGUUUCUAUCUGUAUGUUAAGAUGACUGUUAACACUAAAAUGAAGUCAGAAAUCAGCCAAGGCCUGAGGAUGCUCCCAUGUGACUUUAAAUACAGUUUGUAGUUUCCAUUCCUCACUGCUGCUUGUAAAUCACCUGUCAUUCGAAUGGAUGAUGUUACUGCUUGUUGAGUUGCAGAACAAAGUUCUUUCACUUGAGAUUAGAGAGCAUGUUUGUCACAGAGUUUCUAAAAAAAAAAAAAAGUUCAUCACUGUUAGAUCCUCGCUUAACGAGCAGCAUGAAGCCAGAUCCUGCAGUCUCACUUCUCUGUGUGAUUUUCUAAAUGUUCACAAGAGAUUACAAUACCCUGAAAAGCAGAUCAUUAAUACAUUUCAAGAGGAAGAAAGGGGAAGUUAUGUUUAGAAACAUCAGCAAACCUACCUGCCUGUACGUGUAAUAAUGUGUUUUAACAGCUAAGAUCCACACUCACAUAGAUAAUGAAAGUGUUCAUUCCAUCAUACGUUGAACUGAUUUGCUUUAAAACGUGAUUAGGUUAUGCUAAUGAAUAAAAUAAAAGAAUCCAUCCAUUAA